UAACAUUAAUUUUGUGGGAAAAGAAAUAAUUUGUAUGUCUAAAUUAAGUCAAAAUAAGAUUUACAUCUUUACACAUUCAUAAAAAUUAUGUAUUAAGUAGUAGGAGUAAAAUACCAAAUGGUAGUUGGUGGCUUUCAACAUGGUACUACUUCUUCCGGACGGUGGCUUGAUGUGGCUUCAGUGUACCAACGACCAGAGAAGUAAAACCAACACCAACGAGAAAACUAUGUCGUACCAGUUGUAAUAAAACUCGUCUGUAACAUGAGACCCGAUUAAAAACGUAACGAAUCGAGUAACUAGUUGAAGUGAGUGAUUCAUUUAGUGCGUUAUUGAGUUCAAAAUGUGGACUAAAACGAACCGAUCGUGUUACACUGACUUAUUUAAUAUGUUAACCUUGUGUGUAAUUUUAUUAGGUUUAUUUCAACAAAUCUCGUGUAUAACAACAAUUCAUCAUGAUAAGCCUCACGAUGCCAACGUAGCUCCAAUGGCUAAAGCCAUGAAAAGCCUACAAUUAAAAGAAACAUUUAACAUUACCCUUCCAGCUGGAGAAAGACAAAAAAGAUUAUUACCCUACAUGAAUUAUUACCUACAACAAAGUUUUAAUCAAAAUAAUCAUCAAAAAUCCCCUCAAAAAUAUCGAGUUGCCUUCCCAAAGAUUCACCAACAACAACCUACAUCCCAAUAUUCACAAAAUUCUCAAAAUAAUCCAUUCACGGAAUCUAACGCUUUACCAGGUCCUUUUAUCCCUAUGAACUUGAAUCAACGUCAGCCGAACUAUGCAGAUAUAUACGAUACACUAUCCCGUUUGAAAUUCCGUCAGGAAAAUCGACAAAGGAACCAACAACAACAAUCUCAGCGGUCGCAACAGGACAAUAUCGAAUACGACAGGCAACCGUUAAUUAGGUACCUGGUACCUGCAGUACAAGAAACACAGAAGACACAAGCUUCGAAACCGAUAGUUCAAACGUACAGCAACGUCGCGACGCCUCAAUACGCGACGGACGUCAAAGAGCAAGUUGCGUAUUCAGGAAGGCCCAUUGAAUUUCCUCGAGAGGAGCUGCAAAACGUUGCCCAAAAAGUCCCAAUUAGACAGGGAAAGCCGAUCAUCAUAAUAGGUCAGAGGGCCCCGCAGUACAAAGACUUGGAAAAGCAAAGGACGUUUGAGGAGCAAUUGAGGAUCUACGAGGACCAACAGAGGAUUUAUUAUCAACAGCAGCGCAUCGCCGAAGACGAACAGAAAAAAUAUCAAAACCAACCCAAUUAUCAAUAUUUAGCGAUUCAAGAUACGCAACAAGAAAACUAUUCGCCGCAAAUCGUAAUUCAAAAAAUUCCUGAAACUAACCAACAAUAUCAACUUUAUAAUCCAGAAUAUAAAACGAUUAUUGAUCCACCAACUGAUGAUGUUUCGUAUAAUACAGUUUAUAACAAUCCUAAGUUAACAAAUCAACAACAUCAAGAGUAUCAACAAAAUCAAGAAUUACAAAGAAAUCAAGAAUUACAACGAAUACAAGAAUUACAAAGAAAUCAAGAAUUACAAAGGAAUCAAGAAUUACUAAGAAAUCAAGAAUUACAAAGAAAUCAAGAGCUUCACAAUCUCCAACAAGUUCAACAACCACCACCACAAAAAAAUUAUGAACCGCAGCAAAUUCAACAACCCAUUCACUCACCUCAAACAAGUCAACCAAAUUUAGGUUACAUUUUGCGAAAAUUACAAGAAGUAAAUGCUUUACCCCAAAAUUUAACACCCGAAAAUAUCGAUAACAGUAUAAAGACGUUAAUUAAGAUUUUAAAUGCGUUGAGAAAACACCAAAGGCUCUCGAAGAAACCAAUUGUCGUUCCGGAUUUGCCCGAAAACGAUGACAAUCAGGUGGUUGAAAAAGUACCUGGAACGAUCGUGCAAAACUUCCCCGAUAAUACGCCGGAAGGCGGGACACCCGGAACUCCCGGAGUUGAUUACCCCGCUCUAAGCAGCAUCCCGCAAACGAGAUUUAAUUGCAAAACGCAACGGUACAAAGGUUUUUUUGGAGAUCCGGAUACAAAUUGUCAGGUUUGGCAUUAUUGCGAUUUUAAUGGUGGGCAAGCAUCAUUUCUGUGUCCAAAUGGAACCAUUUUCAGUCAAGUCGCUUUAACUUGCGAUUGGUGGUAUAACGUUAAAUGUGCUACAACACCACAAUUGUAUGUUUUAAACGAAAGACUAUACAAGUAUAUUUUACCGUUUUCUCCGAAAUUUCCUGAAGAUUACAGUGGACCUUUAGUUGAUAGAUAUUUAGCUUUGAAAUUCCAAGAAAUGGAAGAAAAAAUGAAAAAAGAACGCAAAAAAAAUAAAGAACGCAUGGAUAAGGAAAAUGGAGAUGCCACAACAGAAAAAAUCGAAAUAGACGAUGCGGAACAGCUUAGACUCAAAAACCAAGAACAAGAUAUGCGAUUAAAAGAAGAAGAAAGUAAAGAACAAGAAAUGGUAGAUUAUGAAAAAUAAUGUUUUAAUAAAAUAAUUAGUGUGAG